AUGGUCCACAUUUCAGGAGACCGAGGUCCUCUCUCAAGGUUUUUGGCCUACAUUGCUUUGGAAGUGGCCGAACCUGCAUAUUCUCACUUCAACAAUCAUCCGCCUUCUGCAGGCCGUUUCCACCAAGGAAACGCUAUCCAGAACCUCCACUCUUUCCACCCCUUUGCUGAUGCAAGUAAAGGUGAUGACCUGCUGCUUUCUGCUGGCACUGCCGAUUAUAUCCAUAUAAGAAUUCAAAUUCAACAGAGAAACGGCAGGAAGACCCUUACUAUUGUCCACGGGAUUGCUGAUGACUUUGAUAAAAAGAAACUAGUGAAGGCCUUUAAGAAGAAAUUUGCCUGCAAUGAUACUGUAAUUGAGCAUCCAGAAUAUGGAGAAAUAAUUCAGCUACAGGGUGACCAACGCAAGAACAUAUGCCAGUUCCUGAUAGAGAUUGUGCUGGCUAAGGACAGUCAGCUGAAGGUUCAUGGGUUUUAA